GUUGCGUUGGAUUACUUCUCUUCACUUGCGCUAUGUUUUAUAACUACUUGCGCAUAUUUUCUCAUAUUACAAGAUAAAAACGAAUUAAUUCUAAUCAUAUGAUAUGUAAUAUACGAAAUAAAGACGUAAGCAGAGAUAAAUAUGCUUAUGUAACAACAGUAGCAAUUGUGCGCGGCGUCGGCUAUAUAGAACGUAAUACAAUCGAAUGAUUCUAUUUUUACUAAUCACGAUCACAUGAUUCUGUUUCUAUGCGGAAAAUGAUUGCAAAAUAUAUUAAUAUGAGUGACUUAAUAUUGUUACUGAAAAACUAUGACGCACUAGUUGACCUUGUUUUUGCACUGCACAGAUGGUAUAUGAAAUAUUUUCUUACAUAUAUGCUUAAUCACUUAAGAAUAUAUCUGAAGUACAGUCGUCGAUAAAAAUAUCCGAGUUUCAUUUAAGAAAUUCGUUACCUUUAAAAUUUCUUGAAAACGACAUCUACCACAUGACUCACAUUGGAAUCUAUGUCCCCCUUAAACCAUACAACUUUUGUCUAAAACGUUUCCUUCUAAAACUUACAGGUUUUGAGAUAUUUGAGUGCAUUAAUUAAAAUGAGUCACCCUGUAUAUUGUUGUUUUGAAGAUCGCAAACGUCGUGCCAAACGACGUUCAGGAAUAGAAUCAUGCGAUCGUCAUUGGUAAAAAUAGAUUGUAUAUACAUACCAUAUAGCCACUAUAUAAAUGUCCGUUGUACCGGAAGACUGACAUUUUAACUCGUGAGUUGACAAAGUAAAGAGUUGUGCGUUGUGAUAAUUGUGCAAUUAUAAUUAUAGUUAUUAAUUUUGGAUACACAUACAUGUGUGCCAUGUGUAAUUAAAGUAUUGUAUUAUUGUAACUCAUCAUUUUCUAUCACUUUUUACGUAAUUCUCUGACUUUGUAUCUAAAGAAUCAUUUGCUAAUAAAAUGUUGUGAUUGAUGUUUCGACGAAUAUUUAAAAGAUUCACUACAUAUUUUUGGUAUCAACAAAGAGAAGCAAAAGAAGCGGCAUUAGAACUAACAGAAGACCACUGCAUUUAUUAUAAAGUAUAUAUUUUUUUUUUAUAUAAUCACAGUUCAAAAGACAUACUUUAUUUUAAUAUUUUUUAUCAGAAUGAUGCAAUUUAAUGCCUUGAACGUUAUUACGUUGCUUUAUGCAACUUUCAAUGUUCUUAAUCCUCCACAAAGUCCAAUAACUCUAAAGGAAAUUGAAAUGAACGAGAAGAUUGAAUAUAUGUUGAGAGAAGUAGAAAAUGAUAAUGAAUUUGAAAUAGAACAGGAGGAUACUUUAGAUUUUUACAAUACAUAUGAAGUUCCAGAAGCAGAAAAUGUUGAUUUAUUACAAGAAAAUGAAGGGCAAGAAUAUCUUCCAGAAGAAGUUAUUUGCGCUUCCGUUGAAGCAAGUAUAUCACAUGACUAUAAAAAACAAGCAAUAGAUUAUUGGAAGAGCGGUAAAACAGGAGCAAGAUCGCUUGAAGGAGUUAAAAGAAGAUUUAGAAAGGUAACAUCUAUACGACAAUUACGACGGUGGGACAACCAAGUAAAUGAAGGCGGUAGUAGAACAGAAAAAUUAAAAAGGAUAUCUCAAUACACACUAAAUCGCUUCAAUGAAGCACUUGAAAAAGGAAUGAUUAUUCAUGACAUUGACAUCGCUCGAUGGGCAUCUCGAGCGCAAGAAGAAGAAAAUGUGGACAAAUUCAAAGCUUCAAUGACGUGGGUAAAAAGAUUCAAAAUUGCAUAUAAUAUUGUGUCUCGGAAAAUAACCAAAUUUGUCACGAAAAAAUCCUUAUUAUCAAAAUCAAAUUUUGAAAAUAAAUGCAAUACAUUUAUUGAAAACGUAAAAUAUUACAUUGGUAGAUAUGGAUUAGAAAAUAUUUAUAAUUCUGAUCAGAGCGGAUUUCAGUUAGAAUUUCAUUCCGGUCGUACGUUAUCACAUAAAGGCACAAAAAAGAUAGAAUCUGUAGUACAGUCCAUAUCAGCAACUACGCAUAGUUAUACUAUACAGCCGACAAUUUCAGCGGAUGGUAGAUUAUUGUCUCCGCUUUUCAUUGUUUUAAAGGAAGUAACAGGAACAUUUGGUCCUAGAGUACAGGAAACUAUGUUCAAAGCGCCUAAUAUUUUUGUUACGGCUUCUACAUCAGGAAAAUUAACGUCAAAUCAUGUAAAAACCUGGUUGAAAGAAGUAUUUUUUCCGAAUGUUGGGCCACAAUCUGUAUUAUUAUUAGAUUCUUGGAGUGGGCAUUGUCCCAACAUAAUAGCGGAAACUAGAACAGAUUAUGCAACAGAUAUUGUUUUUCUAACAAUUCCAGCCGGUACAACAGGACAAAUACAGCCAUUAGAUGUAUACGGCUUCCGAUUAUGGAAAAAUUUUAUUAGACAUUUUUCUGAUACUGUUUUAUUGUUAAAUCUUGCAAUUGAACUUCAUACUAGAAAUAAUAUUUUGAAAUUACAAUCAUUAACGCACCAUCAAUUCUCGUCGCCUAGGUUUCAAAGUUUAUUUCGAUAUGCAUGGUUUAAAAGUGGAUAUGUAGAGAUUAGACCAACAGAGUUUCAAACACCGGUUGAAUUUUGUUUCCAAAGGGAUUCGAAAGUAAAUUGCGAUAUUUGUGGCGAAACUGCCAUAAUUACUUGUUCUUGGUGUAAAAAAUCGCUUUGUAUUACACAUUUUUUCCAUGAUCAUCAUCUUUGUAACGAAUAUGUGCAAUAAAUAUAAUACAUUAUCCGUUCAUAUGCAA